CACAUAUUAUAUAUACAUAACACCUUAAUAUUUUACUUGAACCAAAAUAUACUCAAUUCCAAACUUAAAAAAAGAAAGAAAAAAAAUCAACUUUCAAUCAACAUUGGAACAACAAUGAUUUCAAAUUCAACACAAUCAAGCUUUGAAAGGGAGCAUGUAGAUCAAGGUCUACAAAUGCUUCCUAUGGUCACAGAAGAUUUGAUGCCAUUACCAACAUCAAUGGAAGGAAUUUCAUUAUCAUCAUUACCUUCCAAUUCCCUUCUCUUUAAUCUCUCUAUUCUCAAAGACAAGCUCAAUCAAGUGCAAACUUUUGUUGAUGUUAUUCUCUCCCCAAAUCAACAAGACUCAACUAAUUCAAUAAUAUCAACCAUGAACUCUACUAUACAAGAAAUCAUAGUGACUGCCACAUCAAUCAUGUUCACUUGCCAACACAUGGCUCUUACUUUCCCUCAAGGUACUACUAUUACUCCAUGCACCAAUCAAGAAUUGCUAGAGAAAAAUUCUAAUAGUAUUCAUCACUCAAACUUUGGUAAUAUUAACACAAGCAUAGAUCUAAGAGGUCAAAGCUUAUUUUCUAAUGAUGAUCAAUCACAACCAUUGGAUUGGUUUAGUGAAAGCUAUAAUAGUAACAUUAAUUAUAAGAUCAAGGAGGAUGAUCAAAGAGUUGAAAUUAGUGAAACCAGUAUAAAAGGUUCAGAUGAAACUAUGUCUCCAAAGAUUAUAUGUAGUCAUGACGAUAAUAUAAACCUAAAAUUUGGUCCGUCUUAUAUUUGGGUCGGCCCUGAUUGUGAAGAUGAUAUAGUCGAAUUGGAUGCGACAGAUUUAUUGGCUAAGUACACACAUUAUUGUAAAGUUUGUGGAAAAGGGUUUAAGAGAGAUGCAAAUUUACGGAUGCAUAUGAGAGCACAUGGAGAUGAGUACAAGAGUAGCGCAUCAUUGAGCAAUCCAAUGAACAAGAAUAGAGAAAAUUAUUUGAUUAGUAUGAAAAACAAAAAAUAUUCAUGUCCUCAAAAAGGGUGUAGAUGGAAUCAAAAGCAUGUCAAGUUUCAACCAUUGAAAUCAUUGAUAUGUGCUAAGAAUCAUUACAAGAGAAGUCAUUGUCCUAAAAUGUAUGUGUGCAAGAGGUGUAAUAUGAAGCAAUUCUCUGUUCUUUCUGAUUUGAGGACACAUGAGAAGCAUUGUGGAGAUCUUAGGUGGCAAUGCUCAUGUGGCACUAACUUUUCUAGGAAAGAUAAACUAAUGGGCCAUGUUGGUUUGUUUGUGGGACACCACCCGGUUAUCAAUGGCUUGUCAUUUAGUACUCACACAAAUUAAAGCACUAUGCUUUAAUUGCAUAUGUAGGUCGAUGUAUGUUGGUUCAAAAUUAUAUUUUUUAUGUAUUUCAUUUUUGAAUAUGAUUCUUCAUGAAGAGUGCUCUCCAAGCUUCACACUAUUAUUAUCUGCUAUGCCAUUUGAUGAUAUAAAAAUUAGUUACACACUAAUAAUAAUUACAUGGCCAUGGCUAACAUUCAUAA